UUUGCAUCGGACGGACUAGGGGAGCUGGUUCACGACUGGUGUCGCGCUUAAUGUUGAUACUCUUCGAGUGUUUGUGUGAUAAAUAUUGUGAAAUUUGUAAAUCAGUGCUAAAAACAAUGUCUAAGGGGUGUCUGUAAAGAGUCUGCCGCAGUAAUGCCCCUAACAACGCGGUCAGGUGAACAAGUGGGCGGCAUUGCACGUGACGCUUUGCCAGAAGUGUUAUUAAUUUUUGGACCAGACGGAUUUUGAAUCUGUUAUAUACAUACUGCUAUAACAACCAGUGCAUUACAUAACAUUUUGAAAUUUGUAGUCUGAGAAACUGCUUAUUGUAUUUAUCAUGGUGUUUAAAUACUAAAUUACGUGAACGAAAUAUUUCAAAUAUCACGGAGUGAAGUAUAUAUUUCGCCAAUGAAUGGUGCUUCUGGUUUGACACAUUUAGACGAGUAAUGGUGGUGUUGUGCGAUAUUGGACCUUAUUCGAUUUGUGCUAAUCGUUUUUGACCGCAAGACAAUACAGACCGUGACUUUUUCAAGAUCCAGCCUUUAAUUGGACGUUCAAGAGGAUACGAAAUACUCGCUGUUACGUCAUAAGAUAAGGAUGACAACCGAAUCGAACAGAGCGUCCUUGUGAACUGUCGGUGUUCUCGCUGUGAUCACAAUCUUUACAACGACGUCAGCACUGCCGGAUACUCGUCCCGACGCUGCUCUUCUGCGGAGGUGGCGUCACAAUGCAUCGUCGACGUCGGUAAUAGUUAUUUAAACGAAAACACAAGUAACAGAAACGAAAGCGUGAAACAAGUGUCCCCCACGCGUUUUUUGGACAAUAUAAACAAUUCGUUUUGUGUUUCCGGGGGGGUAGAGGUGUCAUGGACGUGAAACACGAAUUAAUUUACCGCGUGGGGGGCGGAGGGGGUGGUGUAAAUAGCAUCAUGAAAGCGGGUCUGGGCGGCGCUAGUGCAACUGGUGGCUGUUUGUCAGACGAACUGCUUCUGAGUAGUGUGAAGACUGAACCAAGGGUACACAGCCCAUGUGACCCCAGUGCAGGGGUAACGGCGCCUAGUAUUGAACUUGGCCACCACCUGGCGUCCAGCGCCACCGCCACCUCAGGAGUGACGCCAAGUAGCAGUGGCAGCGCCACAACGCCGAAUGGAGGUUUGUUUAGUGGCAUCACUUCAAGUAACAAACGACAUCGAACCGAUGACUGGUUACCAUCGCCGUCCCCUGGUUCUGUGGGACCUUUACCACCUCUUACACCCUCGCCGGGACCUCCAGGACAUCCCUACACCGUCAUCUCUAACGGGUAUUCGUCACCGUUGUCUUCAGGCAGCUACGAUCCUUACAGCCCGAACGGAAAAAUUGGUCGAGAGGACUUAUCACCUCAGAGCAGUCUUAAUGGACACAGUUUUGACAGCUGCGAUGCCAAGAAGAAGAAGGGCCCAGCUCCACGUCAGCAGGAAGAAUUGUGUCUCGUCUGUGGGGACAGAGCAUCUGGCUAUCAUUAUAAUGCCCUUACCUGUGAGGGGUGUAAAGGGUUUUUCCGGAGAAGCAUAACAAAGAAUGCAGUGUACCAGUGCAAGUACGGGAACAACUGUGAAAUUGACAUGUAUAUGCGACGGAAAUGCCAAGAGUGUCGGCUCAAGAAGUGCCUCAGCGUUGGGAUGAGGCCGGAAUGUGUUGUACCUGAAUACCAGUGUGCAGUAAAGAGAAGAGAGAAGAAAGCGCAGAAAGACAAGGAUAAGCCAAACUCAACGACGAAUGGGUCACCAGAAGUUGUGCUGGUGAAGGAGCCAGAUCCCAAGGCGGAGACAGAGAAGUUGCCAACAAUAAACGGUGUGAAGCCGGUGAGUCCAGAACAGGAAGAACUUAUACACAGGCUCGUUUACUUUCAAAAUGAAUAUGAGCAACCAUCGGAAGAGGACCUUAAAAGGAUUACAAACCAACCAACCGAUGGAGAAGACCAGAGUGACCUCAGGUUCCGUCACAUCACGGAGAUCACGAUCCUUACUGUCCAGCUGAUUGUGGAGUUUGCCAAGCGACUACCAGGCUUUGAUAAAUUGCUUCGGGAGGAUCAAAUAGCAUUACUGAAGGCCUGUUCGAGUGAGGUGAUGAUGUUCCGAAUGGCACGGAGGUACGAUGUGCAGUCAGACUCAAUUCUGUUUGCCAACAACCAGCCAUAUACUCGAGACAGCUACAGCAUUGCAGGAAUGGGGGAGACUAUUGAAGACAUGUUGCGGUUCUGUCGGCAGAUGUAUGCCAUGAAAGUGGAUAAUGCCGAGUAUGCACUUCUCACCGCCAUUGUUAUUUUCUCAGAGAGACCAUCGCUGAUUGAAGGUUGGAAAGUGGAGAAGAUACAGGAGAUCUACCUUGAAGCUUUGAAAGCUUAUGUAGACAACCGGCGGCGUCCUCGCUCGGGCACGAUAUUUGCUAAGCUGUUAUCAGUGCUGACAGAGCUGCGUACCCUCGGCAAUCAGAAUUCGGAGAUGUGCUUCUCACUGAAAUUGAAGAACAAGAAAUUACCUCCGUUUCUUGCCGAGAUCUGGGACGUCAUCCCGUAAUGUCGCUGCUGCAGGAGAUGUGAGCGUUGUUAUAAGAAUUAUUUAUACAUGGGGAUAAGUGGAUGUGAGAAAUGUAUCUAAAGGCUGGUUGGAAGAUUUUUUUUUUGGGACACAAAUCUGGUGCCUUUUUCAAAGUCAGAGUAAGUGGUUGGAGAUUGAGGUGUAUGAGAAUGCGCAACGUUGAUGUGGUGUUCUGAAAGGUGCUGAACUCUUCUCAGUUGUGGUGGAACUGUGAACUCUGACACUGCAUGCAGUUUCCUUUGUAUUGAAACAACAGGAAGUGAUAACAAGAAGAGAAAUAACCGUCCGUUUUUAAAAAUGAAUGUAAAUUAAGUCUAUAGUUUAUUCAGGUGAACAUAAUAUAUAUAUAAUGUGAUUAGAAAUAAAAGGCUUAAAAUAUUAAGUGAAAAGUGCUAUGGUUUAUAUUGAGCGUAAGUCACAAGAGUCGUCAAUUACGUUUCCACAAAGUUUCUUUGUUUCUGUUGGGGGAGGGGGGUUGCAGCCUGAAGGUUGCCACACAUGAACUGCUUUGAAGGGACAUAGGCAUGUUGAGGCACUUUGGCCUCCAAGAAAAGUGUGAUCUGUGGAUACAAGUUUUACAUUUGAACUUCAAUUGUACUCUUAGAGUCCAUAAUAUAAGUGCCCUGAAUGUAAGGAUCCAGGAUGUAACCUAACAAUCUGAAAGAUAAGUGGAAACUAAUCAAAAUGCCCAGAAACUUGAAGGAACUUUGUGUUGAAGAUGUUAUGUGGUAAUGAUGAUGAAUCAAGAUCUUCUGCAUAAUAAGAUUUUCAGUAUAAAAUGAUUGUCCCUCACGUCCUUCCUGCUUUGGAAGUGGCUAAAUGCAAGAGUGAUAAUGUUUUUAGAAGUACAUACAUAUUACUACAGAUUUUUACACGUUACUCCAUCAUAACUGCUGUCCUGCCUGUUUGAAGCAGAGGAAUAAUUCCAUUUCUUUGAAUGUUUACUACACUAUACUAAAUGAUCCGCUGAUUACGGCCAUUAAAAGCUGUCGUGAUUUCAAUUUUUACUGUUCUGUAAUAUUGCGUAGUAACAGAGAUUCCUAAAAUAUAGAUGUUUUUUGAAUUUUAACAGGCAAAUUAUCAUAACACACGUUAAGUCAAUAUAAUUUUUUGUACCUUUUUUCCCCCCCACAUGUCACGUAAGUAAUUUAUACCUUUUUUUAAAGAAAGAAAUAGACAAAUGGAAAUGUAGUAUCAUAUGCUGCUACAGUUUUGUUCCAAUUUAGAGAAAUUUAAGUACUGUAUGUAGGUAGCUUUUUGUUACUGCAGUCUUUUUUGCCAGAUAUUGCCUUAUCUUUAAAGGGAAAAGAAUAAUAAAAAUAUUUGUGUCCCUCAUAUUUAAAAUGAAAAGUUAAAAACAUUCUGUGCAUAAUGAAAUAUAAGAUGUAGGCACUGCAGCUUUUUUUAAAUGAAAUAACUUUUUUUGUCCUUUUUUAUCGACCAUUUACCAUUGAAUUCUUUGAGACUCAUAAUGUUUUAAGACUUUCCCUUGGGGCUCAACACAUAACAGCACUGCCUAGACAGACACGCAGAUGGGGUCGCAUUUAUAACUCAAUGUAUGUGGGCACCGACAUUCGUCGACCAUGAAUGUCGUCUGAAAAGUCACUUGCUGAAAUCUGCAGACAUGACUUCACACUGCCAAAGAAACUACCAUAUGCAAAAUGUGCUGCCCAUGCAAUUCACAAAACAAUCUCAAAAAGUCCCAGCAGAAAUACCAUACAUGAUUUAUGUGUUCAUAAAGAUUUGUUUUGUUCUUAUAGAAGAAAUAGCAUUGAUCUUGUAUCUGUGAGACCAGCAUUCGUUGUCCUAUAUCUAUCUUAACUGUUUCUUGUUGGUCUUCUUAACCCCUUCUAUGGCGAGGUCUGGACCACAGCCUCUUUGUUCCUUUGAUAUAUUCUUCAUAACAAUCACACAGAAGAUACAGGUAAUGCUGUUUAUUGCAUCAUACCCUCAGUAUUGCCUGACACUGCAGUGGGUUUGCAGAUGGAUGUCAUUGCCCUCCCUAUAUUGAAUUUACCGCACCAGCAUUAAAUCCCAUUUGUAUUAUGGGAUGGUGAUUAAAUUCAACAUGGCACUGCAGGAUAAUAAUGGCAAUGUAUAUUUUGCCAGAGAAGGGGUUGAUCAGUGCAUUUAGGUAUCACAUUUUGUGGCAACUAAGUCAGUAAAGAGAAUAAAUGCAAACAUAACUUUGAAGUAAUUGUCCUUGUUUUAAUGAUAUAGAAAGUUGAAACCCGUUUGGAGGCCCAUGUACUGAAUAAACUUGAGUACAGCAGUAAAAUUUUCUAAUUAAGUUAGGUGAGAAUGUUUGGCAUUCGUGAAAAUUUGUUGUAUGCUGCUCAACAUAUAUCAUAUGGAAUGUGUUUCUGAAAGACACUGCCAUCUAUGUCAGCUUCCUCCACUUUGAAAUUUUGUCCAUCCUUCUGUAUUUUAAGAGUUGACAUACAAUAAUCAGUUGGAAGCUAGAAAUUUUACAUGAACAAGUUUAAAAAAAUGACUUGGCUUAUUUGCCAUAAAAUUCAUAAGACUCUAAAUAUAAUUAAAAGAAGAGAUUCGUUGUCAGUGUCGUGCACUUGAUAUCCUUGAUUUGUUUAUGUAACUGAUAUGAUUAAUGUUCAUAGUAUAACAUUUGGAUUAUUUUAAUGAUAAUCGAGAAACAAAAACAUUUGGUGCUGCAGUGACUAAUGGAAUUUUGGUUUUUUUAAUUUGUUCUGUUUUCUGCCAAGAAGUGCUGGAUCUGUGUGUGUAUUUCCUGUGCUAAACAUGAACGAUCAAGUAUGAGAAUUGCUGUAUGCAAAUGAUGAUGUGUGAUGAUAAUUGCUGCUGCUGCAUUGAUGAGGUGACUGUAUCUACAAACGGGGAUUUGUGACUGCUGUCUGUAACUGUAUGAACUUUAUUUAGCUUGAUUUCAUAUCACUGUCACUUCCACUCUGUUAUGUUCUCCCAGAUGUAAAGGAAACAGAACAGGGCAUAGAGUCCAUGGAGAGCAAAAUGAUAUGUGGGGCUAUGUAUCUUUUCCAGAAUUGUAUUAAAAGAAUAGAAUUCUGUUUUGCAACAUAACUUAAUCAGAAAUAUGGUUGCAUAUGAAUAUGUACCAUCAUAAAGGAAAUAUUAAUCUCUGUCAUCCAGGAAUGAAUGUAAAUCUCACAGUGCUACAGGUUUGAUAGCCAUGUAGUUUGGUGGUAACAGUUUAUCACAUCUGGGAAGAGGGAAAGUUAAAUAUAAAAUUUCACCAGGUGUGGUUGUUGAAGAACUACAGUGCUCUGCCAGCUGGACUUUGUGCAAGUGCCAGUAAUGCAGCACAUGACUAGCAAAUGUUGGAUAUAACUUGUGUGUCACAAGUGAUGGUCAAAUGAUUAAGCAGACAUGUAGGUUUCAUAAGCAAUAGUGAUGUGUCUAUUUCAGAUGUAGUUCAGUGUACUGGUACAGAACACUGGUUCAGGGCUUUUGGCUGUAUUUUGCAAUACUGAUCAGCAAGUAACAGGACAAGAGAAAAGAGACUUCGAUAAAAUUCUGUUACUCUUCAUGUCAGUUUCAGAAUUGUCUGCUGUCAGUGUUUAAUUAGCUUCGAAAGGAAGUGUUUAGAUAAGUAUUCACUAUAAGAUGAGAUGUUCUCACAGUAGUGACUGAUAUCUGGGAUGUGAUGCUACAUAGUCUGGCAGUUCACAGAUGUUUUGCAAGAACGUACCACCAUCAUUUGCAGGCUUGAAGAUAUGCUAAGUGAGCAUUUUGGGAUAUAACACUGUGUCUUCUGCCACCCCCCUCCCCCACACACUCCUGCACUAGCAGCCCUUUCAGGGCCAGUACUAGUUAUCCUUGUCCUGUCUUGUGUUGUUUCACUCCGUUCUGUUAGCAAGCUGGUGGGAACUGGCAUUUUUCUUGUGGUACCCCCAUGAUUUCCCAUUUAAACCUGAACUUCUAGCAGCUGCCUGCUUCAUGCAGGAUUCCUGUUUGGCAUAUUCUUUGACCUGAAGAUGGAGGCAACAUGUCUCUUGGAAAAACUUUCAGCGGGAUGCACAGGAUAAUAUCCCAGAAGAUAGAGCUGUUCGUAACUUGCUGCAUGCUUACAGCAUAUCCUUCCAAAGUGUUCAGUAUAUGUGAGAUUUGCAAUGGCUGUGUGGAGAUAGAUGUUUUCUAGGGUAUGAUGUCACAUCUCAGGAGACAGUAAUGUUCUGUGUGCUGUAUUCUAAUUGGGGAACGCAGCAUCAGAUGGUUGAGGCACUAUGCUACAAGCCGGAAGGUCAUGGGUUCGAGUCUCAAUGUGGUCUUUUUUUUUUUUUCAA